AUGAACAACUCAUCAAUGGAUAUCCAGGUGACACUGACCGCACGCGGAGUCAUUACCAGCUACCAAUACACCAUCAUAGCCGGAACCUUCAGUGUUGCCUGGAUGAUCCUCUCCACUGUUGGUUUCCUGGGGAACCUCAUCAACGUCCAGACAUUCAUCGCCAUGAGACUCGAAGACGGGUUCACUGUAUCCUUUCUGGUGCUCUCGGUCUCUGACUUAUGUUUUACCCUCACAAUGUUUCUUCGAGCUGCAGCAUCAUUUUUUUUCUGGAUAGAUCCUUACACUAUGUAUAUAUUUUUUGCUAACUUUUGUAUUGUUCUCUACAUCAUGACGGUGUUAACGACAACUUUUCUUGCCGUAGCUCGGUGUAUGUGCGUAGUCAGACCACUGCAUUUCAGAAACAGUUUUACCAGAUCUAGGUGCAUAUUUAUUUUGUCGUGCUUUGCUCUGUUUACCAUUAUUAGUUACAUGCCGAUUCUCGCAAACAUGGCAUUUAAGACCCAGUUUGACAUACGCACCAAUAUCUUCAGACCCAUGCUUUGGACGUCCAAAAGUAGGGAACUGGUGAAAGACAUUGUUUGGGGUGCACGAGAUGCCUUUAUUCCAGCGUCUACUCAAAUUAUUGUCAUCGCUUAUGUCUUUGUGAUGGCAAACAGCCUCAGAGAAUCAAAUAAAUUCAGACUAUUGUCAACAAGCCUCCCUGUCACAGACCGAAUGGAUCCUUCAAUAAACAAUCAAUCAUCAAAAGAAUAUCAAGAGAAAUUAGCGACUACAGACACAGCAAUGAAAGUACUGUCAAGAAUAAAUGACAAUUUUAUUAAACCCACAGACACGAACAAACUGUCCCGCAAAGACGUGCAGGUUGUCAAACAAGUAGCGCUAAUAUCCGUUGUGUACAUUGUUUGCAAUAUGCCAGAGAUAAUGGUGAACAUCGCAGGGAUCAUUGAGCCAGAGCUGACAAUCAACAAUCGACUGCACAACAUGUACCUGGUCUCCGUGAGUCUGACCGAGUUCUUCCAGAUGUUCAACUCCAGCAUUAACGUAUAUAUCUAUUAUAAGUACAACUCCAAGUUCAGGAGCUGCUGUCCUUUAGGAAAAACUUACUGUUAUGUUUGUUGUGCGUCAGAGAAAGUGGAUAAGUAA